ACAGAGCAAAAUACAAAGAAAUAUUGUCAGUGUUCCCAACCUCCUCACUCCUCAUUUAUGAAACAUGUCUUUCUUUAUUUAUUUGACAUCAAAGCUCUGUCAAGUGAAAUUCUCAACUCAACUCACAAUAUUAUAUAUAUAUAUAUAUUAUAUAUAAUAUAUAUAUGUUUUCGGGGGUGAGUUUGUGAUUCUGUACACAACAGGAAAUUGUUUAUUACUUACUGGUCUACCAACAGUGCACUGAUGGCCUUUAAACUUCGCAAGUAUCAUUAUCAGUGUGCUUCUAUUUCUCCUUUUCUUGCAUUUGUAGCUACAGAAACUAGCUACCCAGGAACACCCUCUUGAAUUGGUCACUUUGCUGAAGCUUUUAACUAUAUAAAAUUUAAAAGGCAAGACCUCUGAUUGGUUUAGAGCUGUGUUUGGUUGGUUCAAAGAACAAAAAAAAAAAAAAAGUUUUAGCAAAAUAAACAGUGCUGCUGUCCUUAGAAUCAAUAAUUCAAGUCAAAACACAUGUUUUAUUGGUUGUACCUUGGUUGUAAUUUUAGCAAAAUUGUGUACCUCAGGGUGGGUUCUGUGAUCUGAUUAAGUGGUGGAGUUUUCACAUGCUUGGAUAUAUAUAGAGAGAGAGAAAGAGAGCUGAGGGAGAAAUUGGUGGAAUAUGGCCACUGGGCACCAAAACCUAAAGGGAGUGCCAGAAAACCUAAGGAAGCAGCUAGCUAUUGCUGUUAGAAGCAUUCAGUGGAGCUAUGCAAUCUUCUGGUCUAUUUCAUCAAGACAACCAGGGGUAUUGGAAUGGGGUGAUGGGUACUACAACGGGGACAUCAAGACAAGGAAAACAGUUCAAGCUAUGGAAUUCAAUGCUGACCAACUGGGGUUGCAGAGGAGUGAGCAAUUGAGAGAACUUUACGAAUCUCUCGCCGCCGGUGAAACCAACACACAAGUUAGACGCCCUUCGGCUGCAUUGUCCCCUGAAGAUCUCACCGAUACAGAGUGGUAUUACCUGGUUUGCAUGUCCUUCAUGUUCAAUAUUGGCCAAGGGUUGCCAGGAAGGACAUUGGCAAAUGGAAAACCCAUCUGGCUAUGCAAUGCUCAGUAUGCAGAUAGCAAAGUUUUCAGUCGCUCUCUGCUGGCAAAAAGUGCAUCUAUCCAGACUGUGGUAUGCUUUCCAUUUUUAGGGGGUGUGGUUGAGCUGGGGGUAACUGACCUGGUUUUAGAGGACCCUAACCUUAUUCAGUACAUAAAAACUUCGUUCUUGGAGAUUCCACACCCAAUUGUUUCCAAAAUACCUGAUUACAAUCCCAGAAAUGACAGGGAACUUGUUUGUGCAAAUCUUGAUUAUGAUAUCCUUGACACCAAUCUUGAUCCGGUUGACUGCGAAGAAGUAAAAGUUUGUUCUCCCAGUAACAAUUCGAAUGGGUUUUUGCUGAAUCAACCGGCAGAAGAAGAAUCACUUAUGGUUGAAGGUUUAAGUGGGGGCGGCGCUUCUCAGGCAAAAAGCUGCCGAUUGAUGGAUGAAGAAAUUAGUAAUUGUGUGUACAAUUCUAUGGAUUCCAGUGACUGCAUAUCUCAAACCAUUGCAAGUCCUUAUAAGAUUGUCUCAAUUUCGAAAGGAGAGACAGUAAAUGGUGGUGGCUCUUUGCCUAACCUUCAAGAGUAUAACAAGGUGAGACUGACCUCAUUAGAUUUUCUAAAUGAAAACAUCCACUACCAAAGUGUUCUUUCAACCCUUCUGAAGAGCUCCCAACAAUUGAUUUUGGGACCAUGUUUUCAAAAUCGUAAUAAAGAAUCCAGCUUUAUUAGUUGGAAGAAAGGAUUGGUGGGUGGUCAGAAGCGUUCGUGUGGAACUCCACAAGGAAUAUUGAAGAAGGUACUCUUUGAAGUUGCUCGAUUGCACGGUGGUUGCUUGGUUGAGUCUAGAGAAGGUAAUGGCAGGAGAGAUGAAGCACAGAGACCAGAGGUUGGUGAAACUGACAAAACCCAUGUAUUGUCAGAGAGGCGGCGAAGGGAAAAAAUAAACGAAAGAUUUUUGGUUCUUGGGUCAUUGGUUCCUUCUGCUAGCAAGGUUGAUAAAGUUUCUGUACUUGACAACACAAUAGAAUAUCUCAAGGAGCUCGAGAGAAGGGUGGAAGAGUUGGAAUCUUGUAAAGAGGACGCGGAGUUAGAAGCAAUAACAAGAAGGAAACCCCAAGACACUGCAGAGAGGACAUGUGAUAGCCAUGGCAACAACAAAACUGAUAACGGCAAAAAGCCCUUGAUAAACAAGAGAAAAGCUUGUGACAUUGACGAAGCUGGGCCUGAGAUCAAUCGUGUUCUCCUAAAUGAUAGUUCGACUGAUAAUGUAGCUGUCAGUAUGGUUGAGGAGGAUGUUCUGACUGAGAUCAAGUGUCCCUGGAGGGAGUGUUUGUUGAUCAAACUCGUGGAUGCAAUAAGCAACCUUCACCUAGAUUCUCACUCGGUUCAAUCUUCCAACAUUGAUGGUAUUCUCACCAUGACCAUUAAAUCUAAGCAGUUCAAGAGACCAACGGCUGCAUCAGCAGGGAUGAUCAGCCAGGCACUUCAAAGAGUUAUUGACCAGUGUUAGAGAUUAUUCCUACACCGAUAACGGCAGGUUGUUUGAGCUCUUUUAGAUUUGAUGUAAUGUAAAAUAGUGUAGUAUUAUGUUACACUGUUUAGAUCUCUAAUUUGUUGACACAAGUUCUUGGGGAUUUCUCUCCCUAUUAGAGCAGCCCAAUAAACAAAAUUUCUAUAAUAUAUAUUUAUAUGUAUGUAUUAAUUUA